GUGAUGCUGCAGAGAGCGACGACGAGGAUCCCCGAGACACGGCGCGGAAGAAGCAGGAGGAGGAGGACAAGGAGGCGGUAGGGACCGUCGAGAAGCAGAAGAACUGGAGUUCUGUGAACUUGGCCUUUCAGGAGUCCAAGUUGAACUACCGGGGUAGCUUCUCCGCCUUGUCCUUCACCAACUGGCUGUGGUACAGGUGCGCCUGCUGCCCUUUCUUCACAAGUCCCGGAAAGCACACCUUGAGCUUUUUUGACCCCUACAUCUCGAACCCACGCCCCGGAAAUCGAUAG